UCCACCGAUGAAUCCAGCCACAAUCUCUCUGUCUCUCUCUCAUCCAUCUUCCCACAUCUAGACAAGAGGGAGUGGGUCUCACUUGCAUUUGCUAAUGGGUGGGAGACAAGAUUAUGUUUGCCGUCCUUGUUCAUUAAUUAUUACUGUAUAAUGUAUAUAUCCAUGGAUAUGUACCAUUGUUGCUUUCCAAAGCUAGGGUUUGUCAAGAGCAAGCUUCACUUGCUAAUUUUUGCAAAUGUUCUCUUCAACCACCAAUGCGUAUCUUCUUCCACGCCUCUCUCCGUCCUACCACCACCUCUCCCCUCCUCCUCCCUUUCUCGGCGGCGAUGCCACCGAUUUCUUCCUCCAGUGCCACUCGGAUCUGCUCAUGGCCGACACCCUUUUCGGCAUGGUGGUUUCGAACAGGUCUCCGGUGAUAAACCAAGAAGCUGGUGAACCCGACGGAGAAAGUUUUGGUCCAAAGAGCGCGUUGCUGAAGACGAAGAAGGCCGCGAAGAAGCACAAACACAGCAAGAUUUUCACGGCUCAAGGGCUGAGGGAUCGGAGAGUGAGGCUCUCGAUCGAGACGGCUCGCAAGUUCUUUGAUCUCCAGGACAUGCUAGGGUUCGAGAAAGCAAGCAAAACCAUUGAUUGGUUGCUAAAAAACUCAAAGGCAGAAAUCAAGGACCUGCUGAGCAAGGAGAACGACGGCUCGAGUGGUAAUGUAAAGAGGAGUACUCUGACUUCUACUGCCUCUGGAUGUGAAGUGGUAUCAGCAGGAGCCUAUCAAGGUACUAAGAUGAAGGAACUGGAGAUCAGUAGUGUUGGCAAGGGUAAAGAGGUCAAGUUACAGAAAGAUAGGGCUGCUGAAUUUGAUGAGCGAUAUCUUGCUUCAAGAGAGUCUAGGGCAAGGGCAAGAGAGAGAGCCAGGGAAAGAACAAGAGAGAAGAUCUUGAGGUCCAAGUUGAAGGGAUCUCCAAUUUCCGGUGCUGAGCAAAAGAUUUCAGAAGAUAAUUUCAAGUUUGUACCAAGCUUUGGAAGGCCUGCAACAUCUACAGCCAAUGGUUACAUAGUUUAAGCCAAUGAGUCUGAUUUAUGGAGGGCUAAGAGGUUCAACUCCAAAGUUAUGGAGGGCUAAGAGGUUCAACGGAUGCUACCACUUUUCUCUUUCUACUCCUAGUCUUGGUAGGGCUAAGAGAUGCUGCUACUGCUGCUUUAUAUCAGAAUCCAUGGUAGAAAUGGUUGCUAAUUUUCCUCUUUUCAGCUCCAAAUUAAGGUAUGGAGGGCUAAGAGGUUCAACUGAUGUUAUUAUCCCUCUCUUUCAACUCCUAAUCUUAGGAGGGCUAAGAGAUGCUGCUGCUGCUGUUUUCUAUUACAAUUUCAUGGUUGUUAUGUGUUGCUACUGUCGUGUCGUUAUCAUCCAUGGAAAUAGUGAAAUCUGCUGAUUCGGCAUUUGGAAGCUAGUCUUAUUAUUCUCUGUUAUUGGUGAUCAAGUCUCUGAAUCUUUAAUUGUGGAUGCUGGCUUUACAUUCUCUUCUAUCUCCAAAGAUUUUAGGUGGGAUAAGAGUCAGUCUCAUCUGAAUCUCAAGAGGGUAGAGAGAUGAUUCUGACGUUCUACUACUGCUUCUUGAAUUUGAGAGUGAAGGAAGGAUCGAUGCCUGAUGUUUCUCUUCUUCUAGGUCUGGAUUUGUUUGAAACUCUGUUGAGGCUUCUACUGGUUAUAUCCAUCUAAUUAAUAUCUCUUAUUGGAUGUAAUCUUUCUUUUCUUUUUUCUGACCCUAUCUGUGAUUCAAGCAUAUCUUUGUAUCUAGAGUCCCUUUGUCGAAUUAAUAAAAUUUCUCUUCACCGAUAAAAAAGAAAAAAAAGAGAGUCUGAUUUAUAC